UAAUAUAAACGAAAAAAUUUUUAAAAUCUUUUCUAAAUUCUUUCAAUAUGGCUGAAUUUUACUCGAGCCUUUCAAAGGACUUAACGAUGUUAUUAACGGAUACAUCGGAUUAUAAUAUGAUAAUUACUGUAGGUGAAGAACCUGAUGUAAAAAAAUAUCAUGUUCAUUCAAAUAUUUUAAGAGUUAGAAGUAAAUAUUUUUCUAAAGCCGUUAGUGCAGAUUGGGCUAGAAAAGAAAAUGGGAUCAUUUUAUUUAGUAAACCAAAUAUUGAAAGCGAUGUAUUUGAUAUUAUAUUAAGGUGAAAAUAUUUAUUUAUUUUAUUUUAUUUUUUUUUUGAAUGAUGUUUUUUUGAUAAAUCUUUUUCUUUUUGAUUAAAAGUUGAUUACAAAAAACAAAUUCAUUUUUUUAUAUUUUUCAGGUUCAUUUAUGGAGGAAAGAUAAAUUUUACCGAUAAGAUGAGUUCAUCAAAAAUAUUUGAUUGUUUAAAAGCAGCAGAUGAAUUAUGUCUUGACGAAUUUUUAGAUUAUGCACAAACUUGUCUUUUAGGACGUAAAGAUUGGUUAAAAGAGAAUUUAUUUUUAUUGUAUCGGGAUACAUUUCCACCAAGUUCUUUAACGAAAUUACAAGAAUAUUGUAUAAAUCAGAUUCGAAAAUAUCCUUUAAAAUUAUUUAUUUCACCAGAAUUUAUUACAUUACCAAAAGUAUGUUUAGAAGAAUUGGUUCAAGAUGAUCUUUUAGAAAUUAGUGAAUUACAAUUGUUCGAAAAAUUAAUUGAAUGGGGUAUAGCUAAUACAGAAGAUUUAACUCAAACAAAUAUUAAUAAAUUUAGUGAAAAGGAUUGUGCUUCAUUAUCUCUUACACUUGAUAAAUUACUUAAACAUAUUAGAUUUUAUCAUAUGGAGAGUAAUGAUUUUUAUUUAAGAGUUACACCAUUAAAAGCGGUAUUGGGAACGAACUUUUAUGAUGAAAUGGAAGUUUAUCAUAAUAAAUCAACGACAACUUCUACAAAUGGAACCUCUAUUCCUAAACCAAAAAAAUUCAUUAAUUUAUUACCAAAUCGUGGAGCGAUAAUAUCUAAAAUAAUGAAUUUACAACAAGGAGCAAUAAUUUCAAGUUGGAUCGAUAGAAAAGAUAUAGGACAAACAGAUAAUGUUUAUUAUACUACGGAAAAUAAUCCUUAUAAUUUCAAAUUAUUAUUAAGAGGUAGUAAAGAUGGUUUUUCAUCUUCUACUUUUCAUAGUAAGGUUAAAAAAUGUAGAAGUACCGUCACACUAUUUAAAUUAAAAAAUCAUGAUGAUUUUUUUAUUGGUGGAUAUAAUCCGGACGAAUGGGAUGCUCCUUAUUGGCCUAAAUUUAAACAUAAUGGUAACGCAUUUUUAUUUAGUUUUUCUUCAGAUGGAAGUACUAAUAAUAAUAAUCAACGAGAUGAAAUUCAACCCGAAAAUGUGAUUACUGAUAAACAAGGAAGAAUAGCGAGAAUAAAAAAAGAUGAAGAGAAAUUUGCUUUAAAUUUAUGGAGAAGUACCGGUCCAAGUUUUGGUAAAUUUGAUAUUUUAAUGCAAACUGGUGGGAUUAGACUUAAACAUAAUAGUUAUGUUCCAAAUGUUAUACCUUUACAAGAUGGUGAGAAUUAUAAAAUUGAAGAAUAUGAAGUAUUUGAGGUUACUCAAAAAGUUGAUGAUAGUGGAGGAGAAAAAGAUAGGGAAACUAAUGAUGUGGUUGUUGAAAUACAUGAAUAACGAGAUAGCCAGUAAGUGAAGUGUCAUUAUAGAGUACAGUAUUUUAUUUGUGUUUGUAUUUUAUUUUGUAUUUUAUCGUUUUAUAUAUGUAUAAAAAUAUAUAUUACUACCACCUUUUUUUAUUAAUGUCAUUAAUUAGAUGUUCUCAAUCAAUUUUUAGAAUAAUUAAUCAAGUUUUUUUAAUUGUAUAUUAUGUAAAUCUAUUCAUUCUAAUGUCUAAGAUGUAUCUUAAAAAAAAUAAAUAAAUUAAAUCUAUCGAAUAAUCGCGUUGUAAUUACAAAUUAAUUUUUAUGGCGUAGAAUUAUCAAAACAUCUUGAUCUU